AUGGAAAGUUCAUGGAGGGAAGAUGUUCUGAAGGAGCUGAGGAAGAUAGGAGAAAGUGUAAAUGAAAUAAGAAAAGAACAGAAGCGAGAAAGGACAGGAGGGGGCCAGGAAAGGCAAGAUAAAGAAGAAAUAAUAGACAGGGACAACAGGAAAGGUGCAAAGAAGGAAGACAUAGAAAAUGGGAGAGAAAAGGUGAAGAAAAGAAAAAAUGAGAUGCCGCUAAAAGAGAGAGAAAAAAGAAGAGUGGAGGAAGGAUCCGAAAAAAGAAGAAGAGAGUGUGUAGGGGAGGAAAAGCCAGAGAGAAGGGUAGGCAGACAAACGAAGAGCGAAGAAGAGGAGAAAGGAAAGGAUGAAAAAGAAGACAAGGAAGCGGAGGAGGAGAAGGCUGAAGAUUGGAGGGAGAGCUGGGAGAAAAGGAUCUAG